AGUCUAACAGUCCAAGUGUUUGGUUUAAAAAAAAAAAUUAUUUGAAAAUAAAUUGAAAAAAAACACAAUUAAAAAAUGUUUAUUAGUAUUAAACAAUUUCUAGUAAUUUGUUUAUUAUUAUCUUUAAUAUGUAUUUCCUAUACUAAUGGACAGGCGUUUGCAUUUCAAGAAGAGGACAAUGAUUACAGGGGUCCCAACUAUGUUAAGCAAUGGUGUUGCGGUGGAAGCGGUUAUUGUCAUCGGAAUCUAAUGCCACCGAAAUUCCAGAUAUUCGACGAUCAGGACACCUGUUUGAACACUUGUCGACAGGGAUAUUGUAUGGCUGUUGACGAUAAAAAUUUGGAAAGAUUUACAGAAAAACCUAAACAAGUCGAUUAUGAUCUUGAUGAAAACGAUUAGACUGGUAAUGAUUGGAUUAAUGGAUUAAGGAUUAAGGAUUAAGGAUUAAGGAUUAAGGAUUAAGGAUUAAGGAAUUUGGAUUUUAUGAUAUACGAUUAUAUGGUUAUGUUAUGUACUAUUUAUAUAUAGUUAUAAUUGGUUAUUAGUUAGUUAGUUACAAUAAUA